CCAGCAAACUGCUCUUCUCUUGUUCUCUUCUUCUCUUGUUACAUACCCAUAACAUAUCCUCUACUUCUCUUCUACUUCUCUUCUACUCUGCUCAUGUCUACCGCCGAACCCUCCCCAGCAGCCCGGCGCAAACGGGCCUACUCCUGCUCGCAAUGCAGCGCGUCCUUCAAACGCUCCGAGCACCUCGUCCGUCACAAACGCUCUCACACAAUGGAACGCCCCUUCGACUGCUCCUACUGCCACAACUCCUUCGGCCGCAAGGACAUCCUCCAGCGACACAUCAGAAACUGCGCCCGCUCGGCGCUCUCCGGAAAGCCUCUGCGCACAAAACACAAACCGAGGUCAAAGAAACUGCCCUACCCUCCUCGCCAGAAAUCCUCCGCCGCAUCAAUUCCUCCGCCUCAAUGUCCUCCCUCUCCUCCUCUCAGCAACAACGGCAGCGAGAACGCCUCCAAAGGCGCCGCCGAAGCCCUGGCUGCUUCCGCCCCUCCUCUCCACUCCGAGUUUGCUGAAUCCCUGCCUUCGCCUCCUGCCAUCUCCCUCAUCGACGAGAUAGCCUCCAUCACAAUCCCCUUCGACAGCGAGCCUGCUGCCUCCUUUGACCAUGCCGCGCGCUUUGACAGAGCAGACAGCAGCUGUAGCGACCACUUGGAUGGCGAAGAUGCAGACGACUUGGACGACGACCUUGCCGCCCCUACUCACCACCCUAUCGUUCCCUACAUGAGCCCAUCCGACCUCAUGGAGAGCCACCGCAAGUCCGUCUCCGCUGCAGGCGGCCUCACACCCUCGGCUAUCUCAACCACCUACGCAGCUCACUCAGACUUUGAACUCAUGCCUCCUCCUCUUCCCCAGUCUGUCUUGCCUCCCUCCCCCCAGCUCUCCAUCGUCCUCGACGACGACACCGUGCCGGCUUCUGCCUCCUGGAGCGGGUUUCUUGCCGACGACCAAAAUUCCACUACCUCCCCUUCCCUUUCAAUGAGUUCUGCCGAGUCAGCCAGACACUCAACUAUCUUCACUGACGACCUCCGCACUGUCUUUGUCUCUCACCUCUCUCAGCUCUGCGGCGAGUUCUUUGACUUUCAUCUUUUGAUCCCGCAAACUCCUGUCUUGUGCUCUUACCUCGACACAUUCAAUCGCGAAGUUGACUCCGUGCUUCCCAUCAUCCACCGAUCUUUCUUUGAGUUCCGGUUCCUGGCAAUGGCUUCCAAUCUACCACAAGACGAAGAGAGCAUUCUCGACUCGAUCUGUGACAGUGUCUUGCUCCUGACCGUCUUCAUGACCGGCGCAACUCAUUCGUCCCAAGACAACCUCGCCGUACAGCUAAGGAUGGCAAACGAAAAGGCUCUCGCACGCAUCUCAAAAGUGUUUGACAGCAUGCACUCGGACUCGAGCCAGCUUUCAGUCUUCCAGGCCAGGUUCUUCUGCCAUCUCUUUGACGUCUGGCGCGGCAACUUUGGAAACAUCAGACUUUAUCUCGAUGACACGGCCUCGAAACUGCGGCAAAAUAUCUCUGCUUGGAAUGAUUUCAGUUGCCAGGUGGCCGACUUUGUUAUGGCCCAGCUUGGCGCCGAAGCUCCGCUAUCUAAAGAUAGUCACUCGUCGCAAGCAAGCGGCUCUUCACAGUCUCCGUCCCCUUCAUCGGCAUCUGAUUGGCAGCAGUGGAUCACAAAACAAACCUGCCAUAGACUGUACUGGGCAUGCUCUGAUCUCAUGUCUAUGGUCUCUCUCCUGUACGGCCAGCAACCUCUCUUUCAGCAGCAGCAGUAUCGAUACCACCAGAUCAAAGAUCAAAGAAACGCCAGCGAAGGCAACAACCGCUGCGGCCUGUCGUGGAUGAACGAGCUCGGCCAGCCGCCGCUUCCUGAUUCUGACCGACUCUGGAAAGCAGAGACCGCAGAAGAGUGGUAUUUCCACAUGGCCGCGGCAUCGAUGAAGCCCUCGACACGAUUAAAUCUAGACGGCGGCUCGGCAAACGUGGGUCUCUUUACAGUGAGCAUAUUCCUGCACGCAAUCCUAGACUACUACCGGAUGAUGGCACGCGAAAAGGCGUCAAAGAGGUCGUAUGUUUCUACAGACUCUGCGAGCCAGCAGCACGGAGAAGUCGAGGGAAAGAUCCUGCUCAACUCACUUUCGUGCGAAGAAGUCGACAACUUGCUCGCGAAGCUGUCGUCGAUUCUGGUCUGUCGCCGGUCGGCGGGAAAAGCAAAGGAAGACGAAGUGCCGCUGCGACGGUGCGAGGCGCUGCUACAUACCUGCCGUCUGCGGCAGAGCGAGAUCCGGUCGGCGGCCGACAUUUUCGGGAAUAUUUAUUUCAAAGAUGAGUUUCAGAUAGACUUGAUUUGCACACUCGGCCGUAAUGGCAAGCAUGUCCAUGAGGCACUCUACAGAGCUAUCGAGUAUAUGCGAACAUUCAUCUUGUCGUUCAAUACGAAAGGCGGCGACAGCAGUCAGAACAAGUCCAAGGAAAUAAGAGACACUACCGAAUUGCAGGCCUUUUGGGAUGCAUGUCUGUACACGAUUGCUUGGCUGACUGUGAUUGACGCUGUAUCGGAGAGCGGCGGCGCAAUCUCGGAGAACGAGCGAACGAUAGUUAAAGAGAUUGCGGGGCUCUUCGACCCGGACGGCAAGAUAGCCGGGACCGAGGUCGAAGUCUGCCGACCGGAGCACUACAUCACCGGCGACGACAGUAUCCGGGACGUGGAAAACGAUGGAUUGUUAAGGAAGGUUGCCACAGAGGUUUGCGAUAUCCUGGACGAGAGCGGGCGGAAAUGGGGGAUUGCCAGAGACAUGGCGGUUGUGCUCAAACGGUCGGUGCUGUGCAUCAGCUCGUGAGAAUAGGAGAGAUUCUGGGGGAAAAAUAAUUGGUUUUGCAUUCCGGUAAUGAUCUGUUGUUUUAUCUGUUUUGUUUAUUAUUAUUGUUUAAUCGCUUGCUUGCUGUUUUGUUGGAUGGUUGAGUGAAAAUCGGGUUUACAUAAUACAUUUGUCAGAACGUAAAUUACAGUGUCACAUGCAAGCGAGAGCUGACAGAUAUUAGCGAUA